AUGUCGGACGACUUGAUACUAGUCCACGACACGGAGUGCCUGGAGUCUGCUCACAAUGUUACGACCAUUUACAGGAGCAUGCUCACCAUCUUGGGCUUCACAGUCCAGGAGCCAAAGGCAGACCAAAACGACUACGCCAUAAAGUCUCAGAAUGUUGCCUUUCUCAUCUGUGGUCCUGAGACUUUCAAGAACGAGCUCGUGGCUGAUGCACUGAAGCAAGCUAUAGAGGGCAAGAAGAACAUAAUACUAUUGCACUGGAUCGCCACGUGUCCCGCGCUGACGGAAGCUCUCGAGGCUGCUCCAGAAUCGUAUAGGGAAACUCUGGCGGGAAAAAAGAACGUUGUUUAUGUACCGGAUCUAGUUGACCAAUGCAAUGAUCUUCUGUUAACCUUGCUGAAAUUAAGCGACCAAGAGAAGGUAGACCACGUGCGCGCUGAGAGAUCUCGGCAGGUUAUGGAGGAUAUACUACGCUUUGGCGCUAAGGUCUCGAAGGCAAGGAUGCGGUCGUCAGUGCGAAAGCGAUAUGAUUUCUGCAUAACCUGUGCCGAGCACAUCGUGUCGGAGAAAGCCCCUGCGACUGCUGAACACCUGCAUAAGCAACUCAGUGUGCUUGCACCGGCACUGUCCGUGGCGCUGAAUAAUGGUAGUGCUUCUGGACUGAACAGUAUGUCGGGGAGUAGUAAGAUAUCCAAUGUGAGAGAGUCGUUCAACUUGAUCAUAUUGGUGACGUCCAAUUGCUUCACUGAUGAGCAACUGUGCGAAGAAGUCAGAGUGGCGCUGGAGCAGGAGGUUCACAUCACUCUGUUGCACAUCGUGACGGACGCUAUAGAUGGAGUAGAAGCUGAGCUGUUACGUUGUGAAGACCUUGUCCAUAGAGAUUGCCUUCAUAGAUCCCCGGUAUACUCGUAUAUCCAAGAGCAUGCUGCGGCAUGUGUGAGGAAGUUGUUGCUGCCGGGUAUUGUGAAAAUGGAUGAUAUCAAGUCACCGAGGUCUCGGGCGGCUGGGGUACCGUCAUUCCGGCUGCAGUAUAAGAAUAGUAAAGCAAUGGAGCUCCCGAGUGAUGGGCGCAUGGAGAUUUACAAGGUGGCUAAGCAAGACUCUAUAAAGAAUGUGAAAGUGCCCUCUGAUAUUGACACCAAUAUCAAAAGCUUAUUCGAGCUGUAUGAUACUGAAAAGAAGGGCGUGAUCGACUGGAACCAGUUUGUCAAGGUUGACAGGGUCGUCACUGAGACGCUCGGUGGUCAAUACAGCGAGAUGAUCAGCAGAAGGAUCUACUCGCUCAUGCUUUACCCGGGACUACCCCUGGACAGCGAGAUAUCAUUCACCACUUUCUACAACUACCAUGCCUAUGUGUCCAAGAAAAUGGGUAUAUUAGAGGGCGACAGGGAUGUGGGUGUUCAUUACAAGUAUUUGGUGGACAAGGCUAAGCAUAUGGGCAAAGGGAAGCGGUUCCAGAAAACGUACGACUUGUUCAUUUGCCAUGAUCGGUCCAAGGAGGGCACUUGCAUGGCUCUAGACUUGAUCAAGAGUAUCAGGGACCAUACUCCCAAUGUUCGUGCGAUGCUGUGUAUCGACUAUCUGGCUGAGAAGGAAAAAGAGAAAGAUAGCAAGAAGAAGGAUAAUAAAAAAGAGGCAGCACCCAAAGCGGACCCGAUGGCAGGGCCGUCUAUUCGAACUGAGCUCGUCUUGGUGAGGAUUGGGAAUGAUAUCUCAGUUCCCAGCAAGAGCGCUGAAAGCCUGAACGUCGUUGUCAUUCUACGACCGGGGGUUUUCGAGAAUAUACAAGUCCAGAAAGAUGUGCAGGAGGCCAAAGAAGCAGGCGGCAAUAUAGUGAUACUCAGUGAUGUGGGUAACACAGCGAGCAUGUUGACGGAGAUUUUGAAGGCACCAGAAAGCAUCCGCCCGGCUCUGUCGAGGCCGAAUUGUGUGGGAUACUGGAAGAAUUGCGACGCUGCAUGCGCUGUGGACCUUCUGAGUGUCAUGAGCUUCCCGGAUUGGCGACCGCAGGCGGCCCGUUCCACCAUGCUGGCUGUGCAGAACGUGGACCCUGUGGUGCGGUAUCUCUUCCACCACUGUGAGGAGGACGAGGAGGCUGCCGCGGCCUUGCAAUGUUUGGCGAAUUGUACAAGUCCGUCAACACUCAAUGGUGGCAGAGUCCGGUCCUCCUUCGCUCGAGAGGGCGGCGUUGAGAUCUUAGCGGAGCGAUUCCAGCAGUUCAUGAGCGUCCCGGCAGUCGCAGAGAACGCGUGCCGGGCGGUCGCUAACUUGGCCCAGGAUGUUGAUCUGUGCCGUAAGCUCGCUGAGGCUGGUGUGAUCAAGAUGGUUGUGGAGGCUAUGAACAAUCACACAGACUCGGCGCUUCUGCAGGGUGAAGCGGCUCGAGCUUUGAACAACUUGGCACAAGAUGAGACUGCGAAGCGGCGGGUGAAUGAACUGUCAGGCUUCCAAGUCGUGUUGCAGAGCCAAAAGAAGUUCGAAUAUGACCAGGCCUUUUGGGAUGGCAGGUUCGCGAUGAAACGUUUGAAAGCUGAGAAUGCGGUGAUGGUCAAUUAUCGUGGCAAGGGGCGCUGGUGUGGCGGUAAGAUCCAGGAGAGUUACUCUAACGGGACAUAUGAUAUCGCGUACUCGCACGGCGGGAUGGAUAAGAAAGUGCCGGCUCAUUGGGUGCGUCCGAAAGAUGAGAGUGAUGCAGUGAUGGAAUUCUGUGGCGUGUGGGAGUGGAAGCCGACGGGAAAGGUGACUGAGGAUGAGCUGGUUCUCAAAGCUGACGGCAUGUGCUCACUCCGCUCGGGUGCGGUGGGGACAUGGAACGUAGCACAGCCCAGGGAGGACCGCACGAGGACGGCGAUCAAAUUGAAUUUGGGCAAGCUCAUGAUAGAAAUGGAAAGAAUAUCUUUGACGACUAUCACUAGUACGGCCACGGGCGAGCGCGCUGUGUUGAAGAAGGAUUUCCCCGAGUGCGUUUUCACGGAGUAUUUCGGCUUUGGUGGUAUAGCCGUCGGUGAUCGAGUGCCUAGUCUGAUGGCACUGCGUCCUGACUAUGUGUGUGUUGAACAGGAAAUCUGCAAGGGUCCGGAUAGCUGGGGGCAUGUCCCCGAGGCGCUCCGGAAAAACGUGGCGGUCCGAUGGUCGGCGUUCUUGGUGAUUGGGAAGAAGGGCGAAUACACUUUUACUCUCGACAGCAGCGGACCUGCACUAAUGCAUGUGAAUGACAAACUGGUGGUCAAUAACAGGAGUGAAAGUCCUAGCGGAGCGAUGCAGCUUAUGCCAGGAAACCACAGAAUCACCGUUCAGUUCUUUUCAUCAUCCGAGGGUCCGAAAAAUCAUCUCAAUCUCCUCUACUCUGGUCCGGAUACGAACGAUGAGCAGAUGAAGGUCCCGGCAGCAGUCCUUCAGCACGCUGUAGAGCAAUCGGAGGUAGUGCGGAAACCAGGGUUCUUGGGAGAGUACUUCUGUGAACAAUUCCGAGGGAAGAUCCCUGAGGACAAGUCGCCCGAUGUUGUCCGUGUUGAGAAGCAGCUGGACUUCGAGCCUACCACAGGGGCUGCUUGGGAAAACCUUCCGGGCCGAUUCAGCGAGUCGUUCGCAGCGAAGUUUACUACUUAUCUCAACCUAAAAUGUGGCGGGAAAAAGAAAGCGAAGUACGCCCUACAGGUGAAAUCUAACAAGUGUGCGAAGGUAUACUUGGAUGGUAAGUUAGCCAUAGAGGAAGAUGCACUAUACGAGAAUGAGCUCACGGCCGGCUACCACAAGCUGCAAGUAGAGUAUUUCUGCGACACAACCAGUGCGCCACAUUCCCUUGUACUAAAUUUUGCCGGGCCGGAGACGGUUCCACCAGGAACGGACGAGGACUCUGAGAUUGCGAAGAACCCUCCUAUGAUUCGACUGCCGCCUGAGGUCUGUUCGUACUAUCUGCGGCCAACAGUCGCAUUGCCCCGAGGAGACCCUUUGGACGGGCACGAGAAGUCGGUGCCGUUCGUUGGGUGCACAGAUGAGGUGACUAUGGUAUCCGCAGGAGCAGACGGGAGCAUAUGUAUUUGGGAUAUCCCGACGUCUACUCUACGGUCCUCUAUCAGUGCUGGUCAGCCUAUUGGGUGCUCUGCCCUGAGCGCCAGUGGAAAGCUGAUCGCGGUAUCGUUGGAGGACGGCAGUAUUGCGCAAUGGGAUGUCACAUCGGGCGCGCGCUAUGGAGGGCCGAUGUACGGUCAUAACGGCGAGGUUAACUCUCUCACGUACUGCAGCGGAGAUAAGAAGGUUCUGUCUGUUGGUAUCGACCUCUCAGUGCGAAUUUGGGAUGCUGCGUCGGGGGACGAGGUUGCGACAUUAGCCGCUGACCCAUGCAAUCGUGUUGGCGAUCCGAUAGAGCAAUUUUGGGUAGACUGUUCGGCUGCUUAUGAUGAUAAUAUCGUCGUGAGUGGCGGCAAGGACGGCUUCAUACGCUUUUGGGACAUCGCGAAACUGGACGCUGUAAGGGGGCCUGAAAAGGUGAUGCCCAUACCGGAUGAACCCGAGGAGGGUUGGGGGGAAGGAGGCCCUCCGGAACCUGAGAGAUAUCCUGGCGAUCCCGUGGUUUUCGAAGGUCAUUGUAAUAAGAGAGUCUCAUGCGUUGCCUUGUGCCCUGUGAAAGGCAGCAAUCUGUUGGCGACGUCGAGCACUGACGCAACAAUCAGGAUAUGGAACUUGAAGGACUACUCUCUGCACAUUGAGCCCAUACAGUGCCUUAGCAGCUUUGUGUCGUGGUCUCCCAAUGGGUCAACACUUGUCUCUGCCAACGAAGACGUUCUCGUACAACUGUUCAGUGCUGUUUCUGGGAAACCGAGAUCUGAGCCCAUGCCCGGUCACAUAGCGUCUAUGAGGUUCGCGACAUGGACUCCGCAAGGCCAGUGCUUAGCGACGUGCAGUGACGACGGCACGAUACGGCUGUGGCAUUUCACGGUGAACAGGAAUAUCGCGGAAAUAGCGGUGCUGGAGGGAGAAGAAGGAGUCUUCCAGGAUGACAUGAAGAAAUGGCAGAAGAUUCUUGACAAUAUCCGCCACGAUUACAACGAAUACAGCAAGGGGGCCUCGGAGUACGAAGGCAAUGUCGAGUUGCUCCGGAAUGCUCUGGACCAAGGAGUGGAGAGAGUAAAAUCAUUCCGAGCGAGAGCGUCUCUGUUGGGACUAACGCCGACAGACUACUGGGAUCUCGACGGCAUGAUCGACGAUUAUGCCAGCUACUACAAGUUGUGGAAUACAGUGAUAAGUUUCCAGAAAAGUCAGUUGAAGUGGCAGCAAGAUCCCAUGAAGUCGAUCAACGCUGAGGAAGUGGAGCAGCUAUUGGACUCCUGGUUUAAGGAGUGCUAUAAGAUGAUCAAAGGAUUCGACACUGACAACACUAGAUGGUACGUCACGGGAUCGACGUUGUGCAACUCAUAUGGCGAAGGCGUCGAGGGCAUUGCUUCUGUGCGUUUCAACGAGACGGCGACAAAAAUCAACGCUAUGAUCAGUGCGGAGGGCGAGGUGGUAGACUUCACGAGAAUAGUGGAUGUGGACUCUCCUGAGAAUCGCGGCAAUGUCGAGAAGUGGCUUGUUGAAGUGGAGAAAACCAUGAUAGAUUCGCUCACGGAUGUGGUCUCCCGCAGCAACAAGGAUUAUGCUUGCAAGCCUCGGACAUCCUGGUGCAUUGACUAUCCUGGCCAAGUGGUUUUGGCAACGAACUGCAUUUUCUGGACUAAGGAAGUGACAGAGGCGCUGAACGGCAAGCGUGUUGCAGACUAUGAAAAGAAACUCAAUCAGCAGUUGCUCGAUAUCGUACAGCUUGUGCGAGGAGAUUUGUCAAAGUUGGCCAGAGUCACAUUGGGGGCUAUGGUCACCAUUGAUGUCCACGCUAGAGAUGUCGUGAGUGAUCUGGUGAAAAACAAUGUGGAGUCCGCGGACGAGUUCGACUGGUUGAGUCAGCUCCGGUAUUACUGGAAGGAGCCCAACAGCUUCAAGAGAAUCGACACUGGGGAGAUGAACACGAAGGAAGAAUGCCAAGUGUCGAUCGUGAACUCCACCCUGCUUUACGGCUUUGAGUAUCUCGGCAACACUCCGAGACUAGUCAUUACACCACUGACUGAUCGCUGCUAUAGAACGCUGAUGGGAGCUUUUGCUUUGUAUUAUGGAGGAGCUCCAGAAGGACCUGCGGGCACCGGCAAGACCGAGUCUACCAAGGAUCUCGCAAAGGCCUUGGCGAUUCAGUGCGUGGUCUUCAACUGCUCUGAUGGAAUGGACUACAUGCAGAUGGCCAAAUUCUUCAAAGGUUUGGCAAGCUCGGGUGCAUGGUGCUGUUUUGACGAGUUCAACCGUAUCAACUUGGAGGUGUUGUCGGUCAUCGCCCAGCAGAUUCAGUGUAUUUCACUUGCGAUCAAACAGAAGGCUAAGACCUUCAUUUUCGAAGGCACCGAGAUCAGGCUGAUCCCCUCAUGCGCUGUGAACAUCACCAUGAAUCCUGGCUAUGCUGGCCGUUCUGAACUGCCGGACAACCUGAAGGCCCUCUUCCGUCCCUGCGCUAUGAUGGUUCCCAACUACGCGCUCAUUGCUGAGAUUACCCUCUACUCCUUUGGUUACGAAGACGCCCGACGGAUCGGCGUGAAGGCCACCCAGGCUUUGAAGCUUUCCUCGGAGCAGUUGUCUGCCCAGGAUCACUACGAUUUUGGUAUGCGUGGUUUGAAGUCCCUUCUGGUGGCCGCUGGUGCAUUGAAAAUGAAAUACGGCGACCAGUUCCCUGAGGAUGUCAUCUCCUUGCGAGCGUUCACGGACGUGAACCUGCCGAAAUUCACUAGUGCGGAUAUCCCCUUGUUCAAGGGCAUUAUCGGCGACUUGUUCCCUGGAGUGCACCUCCCUCCGAGUGACUAUGGCCCGCUUAUGGCUCAGGUGGAAGCUUGUGCUACUGCCAAAAAGCUCCAGCCCACCAGCCAGUUCACGAACAAAGUUAUUCAGCUCUGGGAGACGGUCAUGGUCCGGCAUGGCCUCAUGACGGUUGGUCUGCCGCCUUGCGGUAAGACGAUGGUGAAGGACGUUCUCGCGGACACUCUUGCGGCUGUCGCUGAUGGUGGUGACAUGUUCAUGCCAGUCACCCAACACGUGAUGAAUCCCAAAUCGAUCACGCAAGGUCAGCUCUAUGGUGAAGCUGAUCUGAACACACAAGAGUGGACUGAUGGUGUGCUGGCCAUCGCAGUGAGGGCGGCGAGCAAAGGUCCCCCGAACAUGCGGCAAUGGGUGGUCCUGGACGGCCCAGUGGAUGCCAUUUGGAUCGAAAAUAUGAACACUGUUCUUGACGACAACAAAAAAUUAUGUUUAAACUCUGGCGAAAUCAUCAAACUGUCGCCGACAACUACAAUGAUUUUCGAGGUUCGUGAUCUGGCUGUUGCUUCCCCUGCAACAGUGUCACGAUGCGGCAUGGUAUUCAUGGAGCCCGACUCGGAUCUAGGGUGGAAACCCAUCGUCCUGUCGUGGCUAGAUUAUCAGAUUCCUGAAUUCAUCCGCAAGGACCACCGUGAUUUUAUAUGGAGUCUCUUCGAGCACAAUUUUAACGUCUGUCUUGAAUGCACGCAUCGGGUUCGCACGCCAGUUGCUGUGAUCGACAACUGGCUGGCGGACAGCGCUUGCCGGCUGAUGGAAUCUCUAUUCGAGGACUCUGAAGAGAAGUAUUGUCGGCCGACCCUUGCUGAAGAUGAUGAGAACUCGCAGACGUUCGCAGAACGGGAGCAGCUUAUCUACGCGAUAUUCUUCUUCUCAAUGCUCUGGACGUGUGGUGCCUGCACGGACCAGGAGGGCAGAGGCUUCGUCGAGUCCGUCAUACGGGCAAUGUUCGAGAACAAAAAGGAGUUCAUCAAGAAACAAGAAUUUGUCGCGGAGUGGUCAGCGACGGAACUUGUCAGCGGAGUGUCUCCGGCACCUCUACCGAGCAAGGGCCUUCUGCACGACUAUUUCAUUGACUCGACAGACAACGGAAAAUGGAAGCCGUGGACAGAAAGGAUCACCAAUUUUGAUAUCCCGAAGGACGCGCAAUUCCAUGCCAUCAUCGUGCCGACUAGCGACACUGUGCGGAAUCAAUUCCUGAUCAGGACCCUGAUUGAAAAGGGCAAGCAUGUGCUGAUGUCUGGCGUGACGGGCACUGGGAAAACUGUCUCGAUAGCAGGAAUGCUUUUGAGUGGAUUCGACAAGGAAAAGUAUGCGACAAUCUCGUUCGCCUUUUCGGCGCAGACCACCGCUAAUCAAACACAGGAUAUUAUUGACGGUAAAUUGGACAAGCGACGGAAGGGUGUCUACGGCCCUCCACCAGACAAGAAAAUGCUCGUCUUCAUCGACGAUGUGAACAUGCCGGCUAAGGAGACUUAUGGCGCUCAGCCACCAAUAGAGAUCCUCAGACAAGGUCUCACGAUGAGUGGUUGGUACGAUAGGAAGACCUGGGAAUUCCGCCAGUUUGUGGACAUGCAGUAUCUGGCCGCUAUGGGACCGCCAGGCGGAGGAAAGAACGAUAUCACGGAUCGGUACUCGAGACAGUUCAACUUGAUAUUCGUCACGCCAUUUGACGACGAGUCGCUUGCAAGGAUCUUCACGACUAUGGUUCAAAAAUUCCUUGGCGUGAUGCCGCGAGAAGUUGCUGGUCAUGCGGCUACGGUAGUGGCCGCGACCAUUGAGGUCUAUAACACAAUGUCUGCGGAGAUGCUGCCCACUCCGGCUAAGUCUCAUUACACAUUCAACCUGAGAGAUCUCAGUAAAGUUUUCCAAGGCAUUUGUCAGUGUACGAGGGAAAGCCUGCCGAAGGUUGACGAUUUGGCCAAGUGCUGGAUGCACGAGUGCCAGAGAGUUUUCGAAGAUCGUCUCGUGAACAGGCCCGAUCGCAACUGGUUCUUCUCUCUGAUGAAGCGGAUGCUGGACCGCCACUUCAAGAAGCAAUACGACCAAAUCGUCAAACAGGAGCCUAUAGUAUUCGCGAGUUUCGUGGACCCGAAAUCGACGAGCUAUAUGGAAGUCCAAGACCAUCAGAAAUUACAGGAUAAGAUGAACUCAUGUUUGGACGAUUUCAACGCGGUGUCGAAGAUCCGGAUGGACUUGGUCCUAUUCACGGCCUUCAUACAACAUAUUUGCCGUGUCGUUCGUGUUCUGAAGUUGCCACUCGGGAAUGCUCUGUGUGUCGGUGUUGGCGGUAGCGGCCGGAAGAGCACAGCGACCUUGGCAGCGUUCGUCGCCGACUUCAAUCUAUUCCAAGUGCAAAUAUCAAAGUCCUACGGUAUGACCGAGUGGCGUGAUGACAUGAGGAAGCUGCUCAUGUCCGCGGGCUGCGACGACAAGAAUAUGGUUUUCCUCUUCCCUGACACGCAAAUUGCCAAUGAGAACUUCCUAGAGGACGUCAGCAGCAUGUUGAACACCGGUGAGGUACCCAACUUGUAUGCCAAUGAAGAUCGCAUGGACAUUCUCGAGAAGUGCAGCAAGAUGGCUAGCGCCGACGGCAAGACUGGGCCGAACGAAGUCUUCGCUUGGUACGUCGAAAACUGUCGUAAGAAUCUCCAUAUUGUCCUGGCUAUGAGUCCCAUUGGUGAUAAGUUCCGCAAGCGUUUGCGGAUGUUCCCGAGUCUAGUCAACUGCUGUACGAUCGACUGGUUCAUGGAGUGGCCGCCGGAUGCCCUCACAGCUGUGGCGAUGCAGUUCUUGAAGACGCAAGAGAUGCCUGAGAAAGUCUUGAAUGGCGUCGUGAAGAUCAUGGUUGACAUGCAGACAUCUGUCUCGAACCUCACUGAGCGCUUCCUUUCGGAGCUGCGCCGACACUACUACGUUACGCCCACCUCUUACUUGGAACUCAUCAACUCCUUCAUACAGAUGCUCAAGCAGCAGCGUCAUGUCGUCUCCCAAGCGAAAUGGCGCUACGACGUUGGUCUGGAGAAGCUAGCCGACACUGCCAGCCAGGUGGCGACGAUGCAGAAGGAGCUCGAAGACCUACAGCCGAAUCUUGAGAAGGCCGCUAAGGAGACGAGCGAAAUGAUGAUUCUCGUCGAGAAGCAACAGGGCGAAGCCGCGGAGAAGCAGAAACUCGUCGAUGCUGAGGCGGCAGCUGCGAACGAGCAGGCCAGAGCCGCAGAGGAAAUCGCGGCGGACUGCCAGAAGGACUUGGCCGCGGCGAUGCCCGCGUUAGAGGCUGCUGUGGAUGCCUUGAGCAAGCUGAGUAAAGGAGAUAUCACUGAGGUGAAGGCGAUGAAGACCCCGCCAGGCGGAGUUGUACUGGUGGCUCAAGCCCUGUGCUACUUCUUCGGAGUUAAGCCUAACAAAGUACCGGCCCCUGAUGGUAGAGGAAAGGUGGAAGACUUCUGGGAGCCGGCCAAGAAGGAGCUGCUUGGUGAUCCAAGGUUGCUCGAUAGGCUCAUCAACUUCGACAAGGACAAUAUUUCUGAGGAGGCCAUGAAGAAGGUCAAACCGUUAUAUGAUGAUCCCAACUUCGAGCCUGAGGUGAUCAAGAAGGCCUCUAUUGCAGCGAUGGGAAUUUGCAAAUGGGCCCGAGCGAUGGUCGUGUAUGAUAAAGUAGCCAAGGAAGUGGGGCCGAAGAGGGCGGCGCUGGCGGAGGCGGAGGGGAAGGCGGCAGCGGCCAAGGCGAAGCUGGCUGAAAAAGAAGCGGAGUUGGCCGAGGUCAUCGCACUUGUGGACAAGUUGGUAUCAGACUUGAAUAAUGCGAAGGAGUAUAUGGAGGAACUGCAGAAGCAGAGAGAUGAUUGUGCCGCCAAGCUCGUCAGAGCCGAGAAACUUAUCACUGGUCUCGGUGGGGAGAAAUCGAGGUGGACGGCGGCUUCUAAUCGCCUUGGCACGGACUACAAUAACUUGUCCGGAGACAUCCUCAUUGCCAGUGGCAUUAUAGCGUAUCUCGGCGUGUUCACGGCUUCAUAUCGAUCGGACGUGAUGGUGCAAUGGUUGGGAAAGCUGCAAGAGCUCAAGAUUCCUGCAAGUCCUCAGUUCAACUUACAGAACUGCAUCGGAGAUGCUGUGAAGAUCCGGCAGUGGGUGAUCGAUAAGUUGCCGAACGACGGUCUGUCGAUUGACAAUGCCAUCAUAAUGAGUAACUCGAGGAGAUGGCCGCUGAUGAUCGACCCUCAACAACAGGCGAACAAGUGGAUCAAAAACAUGGAGAAAAACCUGCAGGUUUUGAGGCUGACGAAAAACUACGCUAGAGAGCUCGAGAAUGCGAUACAGUUCGGGAAUCCAGUGUUAAUUGAAAACAUUGCUGAGUCAUUGGACCCUAUGUUGGAUCCUCUACUCCAGAAGGCUACGUUUAAACAGGGCAACCUGGAGAUGAUUCGGCUCGGCGACAGUACAAUAGAAUGGUCGAAGGACUUCCGUCUUUAUUUCACCACAAAGCUGCCGAAUCCCCAUUACGCCCCCGAGAUAUGUGUCUCGGUUACUAUCCUCAAUUUCAUGGCGACAGUGGACGGCCUUCAGGACCAAAUGCUUGGUAUCGUGGUUGCCAAGGAAGAGCCGGAGAUCGAGGCCAAGCGCGUGAACCUUGUCGUGGAGAGCGCUCAGUCUAAGGCGCAGUUGAAAGAGAUUGAAGACCGCAUUUUGGCGUUGCUCUCCAGCGCUACUGGCAAUAUCUUGGACGACGAGGAGCUCAUUGAGACGCUUUCUAACUCGAAGAUUGCCAGUCAGAAGAUUGAGGAACAGGUUCAACAGCAAGAGAGGACUGCAGCGCAGAUCCAAGAGACUAGACAAGCAUAUAGGCCCUUGGCACUAAGGUCUGCCUCGUUGUUCUUCGUGGUCUCUGACCUCUGCAUCGUCGACCCUAUGUAUCAAUACUCCCUCGACUGGUUCAUCAUGAUAUUCAUAAUGUCCAUCGACCAGGCAGAGGCUGCCAACUCGCCAGCGGAUCGGAUGGCCAAUUUGGCGAGCUCUACUAUUCGGCUGUUAUAUGUCAUGGUUUGCCGAUCCCUGUUCGAAGCACAUAGGCUGCUAUAUUCAAUGCAGCUCGCAUUCAAGAUGCAGGAGGUGGACAAGGAGCUCAACUUCAAGCAGAUGCGUCUCUUCCUCACUGGUGGUGGCGGUGGUGGCGCACCUUCAGAGGAAAAGCCCCCAAAUACGGCCUGGCUUACCGAUAUUUCUUGGGGAAGAGUGCUAGAGUUGGCUAAGCUGGGAGAGACUUUUGAUGGCUUCCAGGAGGCCUUCAAGUCUCAAGUUGACGGCUGGAAGGCGAUAUUUGACUCGGACAACCCCCGCGAUGUUGAAUGGCCCAACAGCUUCGACAAGAAAUGCACUCCCUUGGAAAAGGCACUGGUGCUGUUGGCAAUCCGAGCCGACGCGUUGGUGCCAGCUAUACAAGAAAUUGUUGAGAAGAAGCUCGGCAAUUUCUUCCUGGAACCACCGCCGUUUGAUCUUGAGGCAUGUUACAAUGACUCGCGGCCUUCGAUCCCGCUCGUGUUCGUUUUGUCGAGCGGAAGUGACCCUAUGGCUGACAUCAUCAAGUUGGCAGAGGGAAAGGAUAUGCUGGCUAACAUCUCCGCGAUCAGUUUGGGCCAAGGACAGGGUCCUAAGGCAAUGGCAGCUCUCGAAGAAGGGACGAAGCUCGGCAAAUGGGUCCUGCUGCAGAACUGCCAUUUGGCAGUCAGCUGGAUGCCUGUGCUGGAGAAGGCAAGACUGAAGUCGUAUGAGAUUAACCCAGAAUUCCGUCUGUGGCUGACUGCCAUGCCGAGUCCCGCCUUCCCGAUAUCGGUUCUGCAGAACGGCAUCAAGAUGACACUGGAGCCUCCCAAGGGUCUGAAGAACAGUCUGGUGCGAGCUUACAUGGGUAUGGACGAGGAGUGGUUCGAGAGUUGCAGCAAGCCGCAUGCCUUCAAAAAGCUCCUCUUUGGUCUUUGUUUCUUCCACGCUGUCAUUCUGGAGCGAAGGCAAUUUGGUCCACUGGGAUGGAAUAUUCCUUACCAAUUUUCCGAGCCUGAUCGCGACAUCUCCCGUCAGCAGCUCAAAAACUUCCUGGAUGAGUUUGAAGGAAUCCCAUGGAAGGCUCUGAGCUAUAUGGUUGCCGAGGCAAACUACGGCGGCAGAGUUACGGAUGCUCAGGACCGUAGAGCAAUCGUCCAUAUUUUGACGGAUUAUUAUACUGAAAGAAUUCUCAAAGACGAGUAUAAAUUCAGCAUAAGCGGCACUUACUUUGCUCCCAAGGAAGGAACGUUGUCCUCCUAUAUGGAGUACAUACGAGGGCUCCCGAUCAACCAGACCCCCGAGGUCUUCUGGUUACACAAUAACGCCAAUCUUACAGCGGCUAUUAAUGAAGGCAUGGAGAUUCUAAGAACGGCGGUAAUGCUGAUGCCGAAGACGGGUGGUGGUGACGCUGAGGAGGGCGAGAAGGAGAAAACUCCCGAGGAGCUUUAUGGAGAAAAGGCCGCCGAGAUAGUCGCGUCCCUCCCUAAAAACUUCGACGUGGACGCGGUUCAGAGGACGUAUCCAGUGCGCUAUGAUCAGUGUUUAAACACUGUUCUGGUGCAGGAGCUUUUGAAAUGCAAUAAGUUACUCGACCGGUUGAGAGAUACGCUGGUGAACUUGCAGAAAGCCGUCAAGGGUUUGGUCGUUUUCAGCCCAGACCUGGAAGAGGUGGCUGAGGGUCUCCUGAGUAACAAAGUCCCUUCGGUGUGGGCUAAGGUGUCCUACCCCAGCCUGAAGCCACUAGGCAGCUACGUUGCAGACUUCCUCCAACGUCUGCAGUUCUUCGACGGCUGGGUCGAAUCUGACGCCCCAUCAGUUUUCUGGUUCUCGGGCUUCUUCUUCCAGCAAGCAUUCUUGACCGGAGUGUUGCAGAACUUCGCCCGAAAAGAUAAGAUAGCUAUCGACCGCUGUAUCUGGAAUAUGGAGGUCCUCAAGGCAGACAAUACGUCGCCAGGCUUACCAGAAAAAGGCUGUAUUAUCCGAGGCUUAUUCAUGGAUGGCGCAAGAUGGGAUGACGAAAAGAUGGUUAUCGCCGACUCGUUCCCCAAGGUGUUAUUCUCCGAAGUCCCAUACAUUUGGCUCAAGCCGGUCGAAAUGGAUAGAGAUGAGACGAAAUACGGGAGGAUCUACACCUGCCCAGUGUAUAAGACGAGCGAAAGAAGAGGUACACUUUCAACGUCUGGACAUUCAACGAACCAUGUGAUGAUGAUUUUCCUACCAAUCGCCGCGGAACAUGACGAAACGUUCUGGGUCAAGCGUGGUGUAGCCAUGUUGACUCAAAUUGAUGAUUAG